GUUGUAAUUUGGAUUUCUGCAAUGUUGUGAAAUACAAGCAGCAUCCUAUUCAAGAUGCCAUUGAACCAUCGAUGACGCUGCAUGCUGAUAUUUUGGAGCUCGUUGAUGGAAGAAGACAAAAAUAAAAUACCAAACCACUGGAGCGUGUCUCGUGAUAUAACCCGAUUUUGCCAUAUCAAUUCCAAUUACGCUAUUUCAGAAUGAUUCGUAAUAAAUACACGCGGUGGCACCUAUGCAGCAGAUAAGAAGCAAAAUAUUUCGUUAUCAAGCUCAGUUGGAGCCGGUCGGUUAGAAGAACCACGUCGCGUAUCAUCAAACUCGUAUCACAAUGGAUCGCUGGGUAGGAAAAGUGGCCGUAGUGACCGGUACCAGUUCGGGCAUCGGUGCCGCCAUUGCCAAGGACUUGGCCAAGGCCGGCAUGGUGGUUGUGGGGUUGGCACGACGAGUGGAGCGUACCGAGGCGUUAAAGGAGGAAUUGCCCGAAUCGGCAAGAGAUCGGCUUCAUGCGGUCAAGUGCGAUGUGUCCAAGGAGGAGGAAAUACUGAAGAGCUUCAAGUGGGUCGAGGAGAAGUUCGGAGGAGUUGACGUAAUGAUCAAUAAUGCCGGAAUCGGUCGACAGACGGACCUGCUCGAAGUGGGAAAUACGGAAAUGCUGCGAGAAGUGCUGGACACUAAUGUGAUGGGAUUGGUGUUGUGCAGUCGGGAAGCUUAUCAAUCGAUGAAAAAGCGUUCGGUCGAUGGUCACAUCAUUCAUAUCAACAGCGUGGCCGGGCACAAGGUGAUCAAUUUCCCUAAGAUGAAUAUUUAUACGGGUUCGAAGUAUGCCGUGACGGGCAUCACGGAAACGAUGAUGAACGAGCUGAGGAACGCCGGGACGAAGAUCAAGGUUACGAGCAUCAGUCCUGGAGCCGUGAAAACGGAAAUCAUGCCGGAAGCCAUGCGCAACGGAAAUUUCCCCAUGCUGGAAGCUGAGGACAUUUCGGAAGCUGUACUGUACGCCCUAGGAACACCUCCACGAGUUCAGAUCCAAGAACUGACGAUCAGACCGGUUGGGGAAACUUUUUAGGCAUUUCACUUAUUGAUACACUGCCAUAAAUAAGUUGUUUUUGAUUAAAACGUUCAAUGUAAA